CUACACAGUCUCCCCUACACAGUCUCCCCUACACAGACUCCCCUACAGUCUCCCCUACACAGUCUCCCCUACACAGACUCCCCUACACAGUCUCCCCUACACAGUCUGUAAUCAUGUGUCACACCCACUGCAGAAUGUCCGGUACUGUGACAGCAACAGUGUGAGCAGCACUACUGGAAGACGCAGGGCCAGCGCGGCACCAUGUACGGGAUGCUGCUGGAGAGUAUCCAGCACUACGUCCAGGAAACCUACGGGAUGGAGAGCUGGCAGCAAAUACUGGAGCAUGCAGGGAUGAAGAACAUGAUCUUUUCCACACAUAAAGUCUACAAGGAUGAAAUAAUGGUCAACUUAGCCACCAGCUGCAGUGCUGUUCUGCAGGACCGCAACUUUGACGAGUACAUGUACUACUUCGGACAAUGUUUCGUGGACUUCUGUCGGCAUUAUGGAUACGAUAAAGUUCUACGUGUUGCUGGACGUCAUUAUAGGGACUUUUUAAACGGAAUUGACAACUUACACGAAACUAUACGAUUCAGCUACCCUAAGUUGCAGAGUCCUUCGUUUAUCGUGGAAAUGGAAGACAGUGGCGGAUGUGUAUUGACGUACCGUUCGAAACGUGUGGGGUUUGCGUAUUACGUCACAGGUCAGUUGACACAGUGCGCGCGGAGACUGUACAAUGUGGAUGUGGAUAUACAUAUUCUGCAAGAGAUUCGAACUGAUCAUGGAUGCCACGUAAAGUACCGACUCAAUUUUCCCAACCUGGGCUACUCUCCACCCAUUACCGCCUACGCUACCUCAGGAACUCUGGGAUACCCCCGGAUUGCCAGCAGUACUUUCUUCAAGCUCUUUCCAUUCUGCCUCGUGUUCGACAGCUCGAUGCUGAUCCGUUACAUGGGACCGAACCUGACCAGCAUCUUCCAGAAUAGGACUCUCAUUGGCUGCAAGAUCUCAGAGAAGUUCGGGCUACGCAGACCAUUGGUUGACUUUACCUGGGAAAAUAUAAUGUGCCUCCAGAAAGUUAUAUUUGAAGUAGAAUCUGAACAGCAGCUGAGGAAGUCAGACCAAUACAAGCGCCUGACCGCUCUGUCCGAGAAUAGCCAGAAGUCCAGUCUACUACUUCGGGGACAGAUGAAAUACAUGAAGGACUGGACCUGCAUGGCUUUCCUGUGCACACCACUAAUAGGCAACUUAGAGGAUAUGGAGACAACGGGGUUAUAUGUCAAUGAUCUGAACAUGUUUGACAACAGCCAGGAUAUGGUGCUAGCGGGCUGGCACCAUGCAUCUCAGCUGGAGUAUCUUGUAGACCGGCAAAUAGAGACAAGCCAUAAGAUAGCUCAGAACCUCCAACAGCUUGACGAGUGGCGGCACAAGAGCAACGCUCUCCUGUACUCAAUGAUGCCAGAGAGCAUCGCCGUUCGCCUGAUGCAUGGGGAGGACCCCAUCAAGACCUGUGAGACGUUUGAGAAGGUGACGAUCAUGUUCAGCUACCUGAUUGGGUUCAGUGAUAUCUGUGCUAACGCCUCAGCAUUCCAGGUGGUGGAGUGUAUCAACAACGUCUUCACCGUGUUUGACAACAUCGUCGACAGAUAUAGAGCCUUUAAGGUGGAGACGCUGGGGGAUGCAGUGUACAUGGUGGCAGGGGGGGUGCCAGACAGGCGGAGGGACCACACCCAGCAUGUAGCUGGUCUGGCGCUGGAAUUUGUGGACAACGCCAAAUACCUCAAAGAUCCCUUAUCAGGGAACAGCCUUACAGUCAGAAUAGGUAUGCAUGUGGGAGGAGUGGUGGCUGGUAUCGUGGGGAAGAGGACACCACAGUAUUGCCUGUUUGGGGACACUGUGAACACCGCCUCCCGGAUGCAGUCCUACAGUCAGCCCGGUCGAAUCCAUGUGAGCCAGACCUGCCAUGAGAACCUCCAGGGAUCCGAGUUCGUUACCAUCUUCAGAGGUCAGGUCAAUGUCAAGGGUAAAGGCCAGCAGAAGACUUACUGGCUGGCCGGCCGACGUGGCAGCCCCAGCACCAGCAAGAUGAUCCUUCUCUUCCAACAGGAACAGAAUCUCAAGACUCCCCGGCUCGGGUGUGUGCAGUCUUGCUGUGAUCUGCACAGUCUGCAUAUUUCAAGCAGCGGCGCCAACCUCGCUGCCACCUUCAACCAGAUCACCUGCAGUCAGGACGAACUGGACAGCAACUUCAAUGAAGAACAGGAGAGCAAAGUGAAACGGGGACUUAGCAACAGUCUGAGUGACAUCCGCUUCAUCGAUGAAGAUGACGACCCUGAGGAACAGUGCAACAGUGCCAAGAAACUUCCUCCAACAUCAAAGAGUGCUUCGCCGUUAACACCAGGGGGCGCUGCUAACCACACAAUAAAUGCACAGCAGGAUCAUAAACCUCGGCAAAACAGACCUUGUCAUGAGAAAACAGACCACUACAAUGGCUCAGCAAAUGGCACGAUUCUGCUGGCGUGUCACAAGGCUGGAAUGUGUGUCCGCGUGUCGGAAACUCAGGAUAUGACAGCUAGUUGCUCCUGUGCCUUGCAAGGAGCAUGUUCUUGUCCAGUCCAACCUAGCAAAGGUCAAGGUCUCUCCAGAAAAUGAUGCAGAGUAGAGUUCGGUAUUAUGAGAUGUGUUUUGUGAUAACAGACUGUGGUAUGAACAUAUCUAUCAUAGGCCUACCCAAAAAACGUUAACGUGUGUUCCCAAACAUAAAUAUGAAUGCUGUUUGUCAUUUUGUACAAUAAAUAUUGACUAGCAGAAAUAUGAGUAGAUUUUUCAUGCUAAAACUAGUCUCUAGUUUUUAGUACGAGUUGACAAUGUAUUCCACAAAAUAAUGAUAUACAAUUCUAGUGCUGCUUAUCAACAUUUUCUGGAUAUGUUGUCGACUAGUUUUAGAGUACAAAAUCUACUCAUAUUCUGCUAUUUAAUACGUUUGUGUGCAGAAAAGACAAAUAGAAGAAACAUGUCUAUGUUUUUUAACACGUUAGAUUUUUUCUUUGGGAGGCCUGUAUCAGGGAUUUCAAAAUGAUUUUACUGGCUGAUUUUGAUUUUCUAAUCAAUAUUAAAUUCAGAUGAGUUGGUACUUUAUCUCGAUAUCGAUUAAUAAAUAUUCAAACAAUGGCUACAUGUACGAUGCGGUUUUCACAGACAACUUUGAAAGUUCCUGAAACUUAAAACCAAAAUAAAAUGCAUGUUUAUAAAGGAAGCAUACAGUCUACAUGGCCUUUUACAAGUAUGUUUAUUGACAAUUCAUGUUUGGUAGGAUAAAUAAACAAUUAAAACAUGCUCCUUGAAAUUUUUCUUAAAAUGACACAUAAAAGAGUUACUUCUAUUUCAUUAUCGACCUGCUUUUGGGAUUUGUUGGAAAAUAUAAGUGGCAAAGCUCUCUUAAUCGGUUUUGGUACCGGUAUUCCGGUAUGAGAAAGUGUGGACGGAUCGAUGAAUCAAGGAAAAGAAAAUUGCCUAGUAUAUAUAUAUCUAGGGGUCAAUGAAUUGUAAUUUUUUUAUGACAUUCCUACACAAAGUACCGGUACCGGUACCAAAUUGGUUUACAAAUUGUCAUAAGUCUUUUUGAUAGUCACAGCCACUGCUAUCAUUUCCUGAAGCUGAUGAGAAAAAAAUACUGCCUGUAACAUCAUUUUGAAACCCUGGAACCAUUCCAAUAUGGCUGACAAUCAGUUUUGUCUCAGUAGUUAAUUGUUGCCUUCAUUGUUUCUGUAUAUGCAAAGAGUUGUACAACAUACCUACUAUUUUCUUGCAUAUCAUUUGUAUGUAGUCUUCAUGGUUGUAAGGGACUGGUCAUUUAUAAUAGGUGAGGGUGGAUUUGUCAUAGGACUGUAUCACAUUUUGCUGACUCACCUAAUUUUAUGCAAUAUUUUUUAUGACCCCCCCUACCUCAUUUUAUGUAAAAAAAUCAUGAUAACCCACCAACCAGCCACGCCUCCCUUUAAUAAAUGACAGUCCCUAAAAAUGUUCAAAUUAAUAAUUUUGUUACAUGAAAAAAUAGAAUUGUGCCAUUUUUUUCUUUCCCCCACCAUGCAGUUGUCAUAAGUUUUGGGCGAUCCCCCCUCUUUUAGUGUGUCAUUUUUUCAUGAUCCCCCUCUCACCGGCCCACCGGCCCCAAAAAUACGUGACCAGUCCCUAAAACUUGUUUGUAAUCAUACGUCCAUCACAGUGGGAAAUACCAUGACACAGCUACAGAACAAAACAACUCAUGCAAGUGUAUGCAAAUGUACAGUGGUGUAUUUUUAGAUUGUGUAUGUCACAUUUUUUAACAGAGCCACAUCAAAAGUAGUUGUGAAUAUGUCUUUCCUGAGUCUGUCUAUGUUAAUAACAACAACAACAACAAUAAUAAUAUAAUGUGCAUUUAUAAUGCGCCAAAUUCCAAUCACCAAGUGGAUGCUCAUUGUGUUACACUAUUAACAACAACAAUAAUAAUGAUAA